UCAUGCAGAACACUUGACAAGGAUCGCCGCAUACAGUCCUGUUUAACAAGCGGGUUUUUGUGCUUGUGUUUCAGUGUUUUUCCGGUGAAGUAAAAAUCAUCACAUCAUUGUAAAAAAAACCCUAUGCAUGCCUGGAAUUUAUUCACCUUGUCCAAGUGUGCAACAUAGACACAUAGAUAAUAUCCCCCCAAAACCCUACGAAGUGCCGCUGAGUCCGUGUCCAUUUUUUUGCAUGAGACGGAGCUGAUCAUUUCCUGCCUGUAAACGAAAGUGAAAUUAAGUGUCGGGAUUUUAAAGGCAGAGUCGCCAUUUUAUCAAGAAACAUUUUAUCAAGAUUCUGGAAUAAUGUAAAGAUAUUCUAUGUUUCAAGAGGCCCCAGCAGGAAUCAUCUGGUCUGGAUCAGCAUAGAAAUGGACGGAUCUGCUUCUGAAAUGCGCCCCCCUGUGGGGUGUAACAGAAAGAGCCCUGAGAGUGUCCUGGUGAAGAGAGCAGACUCCCCUGUACCCAGCUGCGUUUCCCUGAAGAGUGACGCAUCAAUGCAUGAACCACUCAAAUUCAGAGAGGGACCUUUUCAUAUAGAUCAAAGAGACCAAAUGGAAGAAUGCAGUUCAAAUCUACAUGAUAAAUCAGGUUUAUCAUCCAUAUUGAAGUCGCUAGAAGAAAAAGCCAUGAAGUUCCUAAAGGAGGAACUGAAGACGUUUGUGAGGCACCUAGAUCAGAAUUACCCAGAAUGCUCUGAGCCUCAGCUGGAGGAGGACAAUGACCUGGACUGUGAUGGUCAGAUGCAGAAGACCAGUGUUAGAGAGGUAGCUCUGAAGAUCACACUGUACAUCCUGAGGACCAUGAAGCAAAAUGAUCUUGCUGACCUGCUGGAGAAGAGACAGCUCAUGCUGCAACAUCAACAGGAAAUGAAAUGUAAACUUAAGAAGCAAUUUGAGUGUGUAUUUGAAGGGAAAGCUAAGGAAGGACAGCCAACACUUCUCAGUGAGAUUUACACAGAACUCUACAUAACUGAAGGUGGGACUGGAGCAGUCAAUGAUGAACAUGAAGUGAGACAGAUUGAAACAGCAUCCAAGAAAAGGCGAACAGAAGAUACUACAGUCAAGUACAAUGAUAUAUUUAAACCCUUAUGUGGGCGUGUGACACCGAUCAGAACUGUACUCACGAAAGGGGUGGCAGGUAUCGGGAAAACAGUCUCUGUGCAGAAAUUCAUUCUCGAUUGGGCAGAAGGAAAAGCAAACCAGGAUGUUCACUUCAUAUUUGCUCUUCCUUUCCGGAACCUGAAUUUGAUUAAGGAAGAAUACAGUCUGAUUGAACUGCUUCACCACUUUGUCCCAGAACUGAAAUCAUUUCAAUCCACUGACCUGUUUAGGUACAAAGUCUUGUUCAUCUUUGAUGGUCUGGAUGAGCGUCGCCUUCCUCUCGAUUUUCAGAACAAUGAGAGCUGGUUUGAUGUAACAAAGAAAACGUCACUGGAUGUGCUGUUGACUAACCUUAUUAAGGGGAAUCUGCUGCCAUCCGCUCUCCUCUGGAUAACCUCCCGGCCAGCAGCAGCCAAUCAGAUACCUCCUGAGUGUGUCCACCAGGUGACAGAGAUACGAGGGUUCAGUGAUGCCCAGAAGGAGGAGUAUUUCAAGAAGAGAUUUAAUGAUCAGAGCCUGGCCAGCAGGAUUAUCACACAUGUGAAAUCAUCAAGGAGCCUCUUCAUCAUGUGCCACAUACCUGUGUUCUGCUGGAUUUCAGCCACUGUGCUUAAGAGGCUUUUUAGUGAGACUGACAGGGGAGAAAUUCCAAAGACUCUGACUGAAAUGUACACACACUUCCUGAUCUUUCAGAUAAGUUUAAAAAAUGACAAGUAUAUGAAAAACCAUGAAACUAAGCUUAAGGAAUACAGCAAGGAAUUUCUUUUGACACUUGGUAAACUUGCUUUUGACAACCUUGAGAAAGGCAAUCUCAUAUUUUAUAAGCAAGAUCUUUCAGAGAAUGACAUUGAUGUCACUGAAGCUUCAGUUUACUCUGGAGUGUGCACAGAAGUCUUUAAAGAGGAGUAUGGGUUGUACCAGGAGAAGGUGUACUGCUUUGUGCAUCUGAGUAUCCAGGAAUAUCUCGCUGCUUUAUAUGUGUUUCUGUCAAACUCAUCAGCUGACCUGCUGAAGACUGCAGUGAAUCAGGCAUUAGAGAGCAAGAAUGGACACUUGGACCUCUACCUCCGCUUCCUCCUGGGCCUCUCAACAGACUCCAGUAAGACUCUGUUACAAAGGCUACUGGGGCCGACAAGAAUCAGCUCACAUACCAUUAAGGAAACAGCCCAAUACAUCAAGGAGAAAAUACAGGAGAAUUUAUCUCCAGAAAGGACCAUCAAUCUUUUCCACUGUCUGACUGAACUGGGUGACAAUUCUCUAGUAGAGGAAGUACAAAGAUACCUGAAUUCAGGAAACAUUUCAGCAGAUGACCUCUCACCUGCACAGUACUCAGCUCUGGCCUUUGUGAUGCUGAUGUCAGAUGAGGAGCUGGAUGUGUUUGACCUGAAGAAAUACAUCAGACGAGAUAAACAGCACUGCAGGCUGCUGCCUGUGGUCAAGAACUCCAGGACGGCUCUGCUGAACAGCUGUGAUCUCAUAGAUAAACACUGUGAAGUGCUGUCUUCAGCUCUAAGAUCAAACUCGUCUCCUGUGAGAGAGCUGGACCUGAGUGACAAUGACCUGCAGGACUCGGGAGUGAAGCUGCUCUCUGCUGGACUGGGGGACUUACACUGCAACCUGGAGAUACUGAGACUGUCAGGCUGUAGAGUCACAGAAGAAGGCUGUUCUUCCCUGGCUUCAGCUCUGAGGUCAAACCCCUCACACCUGAGAGAGCUGGAUCUGAGCUACAAUCACCCAGGAGACUCAGGAGUGAAGCUGCUCUCUGCUGUACUGGAGGAUCCCAGCUGUAAACUGGAGAAGCUGAAUGUGGAUCACGGUGGAGAGUGCAGGACCAGACCAGGCUUACAGAAAUACUCCUGCCAGCUGACGCUGGACCCCAACACAGCAAACAGAUUCCUGUCUCUGUCAGGGGGGAACAGGAAGGUGACAUGGGGGGCAGAGCAGCCAUAUCCUGAUCAUCCAGAGAGAUUUGACAGCUGGCCCCAAGUUCUGUGCAGAGAGAGUCUGACUGGUCGCUGGUACUGGGAGGCUGAGUGGGAUGGAUAUGGAGCUGAGAUAGGAGUGACUUAUAAAGGGAUCGGGAGGAAAGGACUGAGGGGCUGUGGGCUUGGAUACAAUGACAAGUCAUGGAGUCUGUGCUGUAAUACUGACAGAUACUCUGUCCUGCACAAUAAUAAACAGACUCUCAUACCCAUAAAGCCCUCAGGCUCCCGCAGAGUAGGAGUGUAUCUGGACUGGGGGGCUGGUGCUCUGUCCUUCUACAGAGUCUCCUCUGAUGGACUGACCCCCCUGCACAGAUUCACCUCCUCAUUCACUGAGUCCCUCUAUCCAGGGUUUGGGGUUUAUAGAAACUCCUCAGUGUCACUGUGACGUGUUGCUGGUUCUCCUGCAAAAAGGUAAAAUCUCUGCUUUUUAACCUUUAUAAUCCUUUUCACUCUGAAAUGUACAGAACUGUGCAAAAGUCUGAGGCAGGCAAAGAAAAUGAUGUUUAGAUUAUCCUCCUGUUGGUGUGAAACUAUGAUAUGAUGCCUGUCAAAGUGUGUCAGCUUCACCAUUUCAGAACCUCUGCUAAAAUCAUCCCAGUAUUUGCAGCGACCGUCCAGUGCAGCCAUGCAUUUUUUGACUUGGCCACUAACACACCUCAUACAGCUAGUCAAUCUCUCACUGACUUUUUAAACUGAUAUAUUUAAUG